CAGCGAUCAAAGGCCUGGUUUCUGAUUAUACUCGCCACCUGCUUGCCUGUGGCACAAUCGCCUUUUUCUGUCAUCCUUGUAACGCCAGCCUUCAAAGACUGAAUGACUGCGCCUGGUGGAUCCACGCGUUCGUCACCGACCACAUCAUCUUACCACCCCGCCGCCGCUUUCCGCGUUGACGCCCGACGACUAUCAAGUCCAUAUCACGUACAAAUUUGAGAGAUUCGCGCGCCGCGACUGUACUUUUGUUGCAGGUCACACACUAUGGCUUCGGUAACUUCGUUGGACCAAGAUAUGCGCAAGCUGCGCAUGGAUAGAUACACCCCAAAGGCUGCAAAUGAAGUACGCACAUGGAUUGAAGAGACUCUGGGCGACAAGUUGUCUGGCGACCUCCUAGAGGCUCUGAAAGACGGCACUGUCCUUUGUAGGUAAGGCGAAAGGACGAACAUUUUCGGAUUGAUCAGUAUUCAUACGCGCGUGCGCUUACAGACUCGCCAACCUCUGCCUGCCCGGCGCUCCGAUCAAAUUCAAGCGCUCGAACAUGCCAUUCAUGCAAAUGGAAAACAUAUCGCACUUCCUUCGCGCCUGCGAGGAACCUCCGUUGAAUCUGCCCGCUCAUGACCGUUUUCUCACAGUCGAUCUGUACGAGUCAAAAGACCCCGCUCAGGUACUCCAGUGUCUCGGCGCAUUCAGCCGCGUCGCCCACCAAUUAUACCCGAACAUAUUCAAGACCACAAUUGGACCAAAACGAAGUGGAGGCAUAAGCCCACAAAAAACAGGGGAGACCGGCUUUAGCUCCGGAGCCUUCGGCAGGAAUCGAGGACUGAGCAGCGCAAGUCCUGUAAGCAAUUCAGCUGCUGUGCCUUCUACUUCACGCGCUCUCAGCCCAGCGUUGACGGGUGGUUCGAAUUCGUCUCGCGCUACCGAAGGGGCGCGUUCCCCUCCAGCGUCAGUGAGUAGUUGGAGCAAGAAGGAAGAUCAGGGUGCUACAGCUCCAGCCUGGAACAUAGCUCAAUAUGGCUACAUGGGCGGCGCAAGUCAGGGAAACCAAGGCAUCGCUUUUGGCGCUAGGAGACAGAUCACCAGUGCUUCGCCUUACGUUCCGAGUUUGGCUGAGAAGGAGCGCAAGCGACGUGAAAAGGAGGAGGAGGAAGCGCGCUUACGGCAGCUCGCUGAAGAAGCGGAGGAGAAGCGACGCAUAGAGCGACAGGCUGAGGAAGAGCGAGCAAGGGCCGAAGAAGAGCGUCGCUGGGAAGAGGAGGCACGACGGCAACGUGAAGAAGAGAAAAGACGGGUCGAGGAGCAGAAACGUCAGUGGGAAGAGGAAGAACGCAAAUGGAAGAUGGAAGAAGAGGCUCGACAGCGAGAAGACGCAGGAUCGCCCAUCCAGCAGACUACCAUCCGCAAAGGUGGUGACAGUCAUGUGCGACUUGAAGGCCAGUACUUGAGCCAGUAUCGAGCCGAUCAAAAAGCCAAGAGCAGACAGAGCAGCUACAAUGAUCCCGAGCGGCUGCGCGAACGGGAACGUGUGGCUGAACUUGAGCGUCAGCUUGAGGAAGCAAAAGAGCGUGAGAGGCAAUAUCUGAUGGAGAGGGAUAGGCAUCACCACGAAGAAAAUCACCCUCAUGACCGCAGUCGUCACAACCGUUCAGAAUCGAGAGCACGCUCAAAGUCGAGAGCAAGAUCUCGGAGCAGGCCGCGUCAGGACUCCAUGCCAACAAGGCAGGAAAGUAAUGCAUCAUGGGCCGGCGAUGAGCGUGAAUAUCUACGGCAGCAACAUGCCGAGUACCAACGGGGCAAAUUUGCAAGGCCACUUCCUGAGCCAAACAAGCCUUCUCUCCCGUCUCGACCCCUGCCUGAUCCUUUGGCGUCCUCGGUAGCAAGUCGACCGCUCCCAGAACCUACACCUCCUUCAUCUUCGCGACCACUACCCAGCCCCUCGGAUUACAGUACUUUCCCGGGAGCAAAUCCGCCUCUAAAUCGAACGGAAAGAUUCUUGGCCAACAACCCUGCACCCGUAGCAGCACAGCCUCGAACGUACCAGCCCGCGGAGAUGGGUAUGACGUCCGAAUCCGAACGUAAGGCUGAAGACGCUCGCCGUGUUCAGUCCCAGCAGAAGACAAAGGCUGGGGGCUGGGCAUCAAAGAGUCUUCUCGAGCGUGAAAUGGAACGUGAGAGAGAGCGACAGCGCGAGUGGGAAGACUCGCAGAGGGCAAUGCAAGCGGCAAGUAGAGACGCUAACGAGGGUACAAAGCCUGGACAGAGCUGGGACGUGAAUCAAUAUGGAUACAUGGGGGGUGACAACCAGACGCGGAGCGGGCCCGGAAUUGGUAUUGCAUUUGGCGGUAGGAGGCAAAUCAUCGGCCCACGGCCACUCGGAGGACCGAGAUAGUUGAGGAUUCAGACUAGCAAUAGCAUUUUUAAUCGAAUGAAGAAUUGUCUUGCGUGA